AUGGACGGCGACGGCGAACUCCCCUUCGAUUUCUUCUCGCAGACGGCGUCUUCCGGUGCUGCGGCGCACCACAUCGACGAGGACGGGUGGGGGAUUACGCCCCCUCGUCUCCGGGGAUCCGCCGGCCGCGGCUUGGUGGCAGGGGGGCUCGAGCGCGGCUCGGUGGCAGGCGGGCUCGGCCGCGGCUCGGUGGCCGGGGGGCUCGAGCGCGGCUCGGUGGCCGGGGGGCUCGGCCGCUGCUCGGUGGCCGGGGCGCUCCGCGCUCCCAUCGGGUUGGAUAACAUCGACCUCAACGGCGACUCCGCCGUCGCCGCCUCCUACCCCAACCUGGGCAUGUACACGCAGCUUUUUCAUCCCGGGAGUGCGGCCGGCCAUGGUGUGCCCCUCCAGCGGACCAGAUCGGACGGCGUGGCGCAGCGGCAGGGUCGUCCACCUCGCCAAGGUCUCCUCCCAGUGAGGGCCCCAGAUCGUCGUGGCAAGCAGGUCGUCGCGACGUCGGGACGAGGUGGUGCUGGUUCAAGUCGCACAGGCAGCGGCAGGCAGCAUCGAUCAUGGUAG